AUGACAAACGCUACGGAAAAUGGACUUCAGGAAGCGGUUACGGUGUUGUUGCGAGCCAAUUGUACAUGCCAACGUGGGCAUUACUGUUUUCGAAUGAAAGGGUAGGUUUGUAGUGUUUUUUGGCUAGGUUAUAGUAGUUUUUUCACUUUUUUAAUGCUGGGCGCGUAAUGAAUCCUCUAUUUUUAAAAUUGGUUGUGAUACAUGGCUCAUUUUUUGAACAACCUGAUAUAUUAGGUUUCACCAACCUACUAUAUUGGUUGUUCAAAUAAUUCUCUACCCUCUCUCACAGCAAAUUUUCGAGAUUAAGAAGCUCAAAAUUAUGCGAACGACCUAAUAUGUAAAUUUAGAUGGAGAUACCCCCAAUUCUGCCUCCCAACUUGGUAUAAUCCAGCCGAAACUUUAAGCCAGAAUAUUGAAGCAGAGAUUCAUCGCCGAAACACGCUUCAUGUGUCACCAGGCACUAUGCUAAUAACCAUUCUUGUGCUUCUAAUACUUAUUGUAAGUUCUUGUAAUUAGCUUUAUUGUUAAAAGUUUUUGUAGAUUUAUUAUAAGUUUUUUAUAUAGCUCUACUACAAUAUAAUAGAGUAGGCUUUAAGAAACCAAAACUGAGCAUAGCUAGCGAUUUACCUGUCUUUUUCAGUAAAAUAUCGUUUUACCUGUCACUAUACCCAAGUCUCAUCCAAAAGUUAUUGUUUUUUACAACUUUUUUAAUCAAAAAGUCAUAGCGCCUAAACAUUUUUCCCUGUAAAACAAUAUGAAGGCAUUUUUAGAUAUUCCUGAGCGUUGGAAUAGGCGUAGCCAGGCGCGAGCGAUUCAUUUGGACCACAGUUAAAGACCCUCACUACGAGAUGCCUGAACGUCGAACAUGA